UCAAGAAUGGCUCGUCUGCUCGUCAGACAGUGACCAUUGCAUCAUGAAUGAGCAUUAAAAAUUUGCUCAAUCGUCUCGUUUACUUUGCAUUUUUGUGGUGUUAAACAAUGAAAUAGUGUUACGGAGACGAAUAAACGUGAUUUUAGCCAAGCUGUGAUAUUUUAAAUGUGAAUUUAAUUGACGUUUGUUUCCACGUGGUGAUUGUCACAUUUGGUCUACGUGUUAGCAAUCUCGUCGUUUAUACUGUGAUUUUGUUAUCAGAAGCAUUCGAAUAAAGAUAUGGAGACGUUAAAUAUGUCGAAGUUGAACCUCUCCAGCGUCCGGAGCACCGUGGCUGCUGACAAUGCCUCAAAACAAGACGUUUUAGAGCCCAAAUUUGAGACCCUUAUACUAAUGGACCCAGACGAUGACUACAACUGUGAAUACCGAGAGGAUAUUUGGAAGAAUUUGCUAGAACAAGAUGCCCAGAAACCACCAAUACACCUUCAGUCACCACAGUUGGAGUUCCGUGGUGCCUUAGUUCAGCAACUACGAGACGUUACAAAGAAGCUAGGGCUAACAUUAGCGACACUGCACUCGGCGGUGGCUCAGCUAGAUUUGUUCAUGGACGCACACAGACUGAGAGCUGAUAGACUGACACACGUAGCUCUGGCUUGCCUGAGUCUUGCUGCAAAAAGCGAAGAAAAAUUCAGCCGGGCACCAACACUCAAAACGCUAUCGAAGACGUCUGGCGUCCAGCUAUGCAGUAAAAUGUUCAGACAGCUGGAGUGGAUGGUGGGGCAGCACGUGCGCUGGAGGCUCCUGGCUCCCACACCGGCCACCUUCGCAGCCCUACUGGCGCCCUACGUGGUGGCCGACUGCGACCUCUCUACCAGGCACCCCAAGUUUGUGAGACGCUUCAGGAGGGAUGGGGCAAAGCUGCUCGAGGCUUAUCUGGAUCUGACGUUGUCGGACGUGCGACUGAAGGUGGUGGAGAGCGCCGACGUGGGGUGCGCGUGUGUGGCGUGCGCGCGCGCCGCGCUGGGCCUCAGCGCCUGGCCCGCCUGGCUGGCGGCGCGCGCCGGCCGCCCGCCCGCCGCCGUGGCGCCCGUCGCGCGCCUGCUGCAGCGGAUGAUGCAAAUACUGAAGUCUCGUGAGGCAGCCGAUACUGAUGUCGACCAAGGCUACAGUAGUGCCCGGACAUCACCAAACAUAACACCCUGUACAUCACCGCAAUACGAAAACUCUCCAGCGUCGAGCACCUGCAGUACUUCUAGGAGCUUCCAGAACAAUGAAUCAUAUCGUCAACAUCCGACCAGGUCAGAUGAUUACACGGUUUUAGAUUUAGAAGACUCGGAAGUACCGGAAGGCUCAGAAGUGCAACGUAACCUAGAUUACCGCAGGCUACCAAUCGACAUGACAUGUCAGAGGGUCGGUAACCCGACUGAUUAUAGUUUCUGUAGGUCUAGUCGGUUGAUCGAAGCUAGUUUGAAUCCGGUGGCUACAACUAGUAUGGGUAUAAAGCGUAGUCUAGACCCCGGUCACGAGUAUGACGCUAAGAGGUAUCGCCUCUCUCAAAUGUCUCAAGUUGUUCUUUGAUUUUUAGUUGAUUGUUUAAUUAUUUUUUUUCGAUUUAUGCAUUUAUGCGUCCUUAUUUCGAUUUCGCAGUACAAAGCAAACGUUCGAUUAUGUAUGUAUUCGAAAUUAAUUUUUAUAUCGAUUCGAGUAGCGAUUAUUCGGUAUCUGUGUGAUGAUCUAUACCAAAUAGGUUGAGUUUUUAUUUGAAAAAAAAAAAACGCUAGCAUAAAAAAAAUGUAUAGAAAAAGUAAAGAAUAGAUACAACCAUUUUCGAGUGAUAAUCGUGAAAAUUCUAAUAAUUAUAAUUUUCUAGUAAUAGUAAUAAAAUGCGUGCCUGAACUUUUAGUCUUAGACUCGAAUCAGAGAAGACUUUUGCGAUUAUCACAAAGGAAGGUAUUUGUAAAGCGACUAAAAAGAAAAGUUUUUCCCAAUUCUGUUUUGGACGUCAGAUAUAUAUGUUAUUAUAAUACCCUUUACCGGUUUCUAUAAUACUUUAAGCUAAAUUACCGAUUCCUAUAAUACUUUAAGUUUAAAGAAAAAAAAAUACCUCCUCUUAAGGGGUGACAUUUUUCGUAACAAAAUCUGUUUCAAAAUUAAUUUACUUUGAAGUCGGUUAUCUAUAAACUUAUUU